AUGAAAAUCACCAACAUUGUGCAGUUCAAAACAAUUUUUACUGCCACACAAUCUGACGAACUGAGUAACGAAGACGAACCGUUUGAGUGGAUUUCUAGAGAAAAAGACGAAUUCUGCAAUAUAUGUUACGAAGUUCUCGAAGAAAGCUCUUCAACAGCCCUGCAAGAAUGCGGUCAUUGGUUUUGUAAUAUAUGUUAUAAAGAGCAUUUAGAAUCAUCCUUUAACCUAGGUCUCCAGAAAAUCACUUGUCCAGAAUACAAUUGUGAUAAAGUAGUCGAUCUUGCUACGAUGGUCAGUUUAACAAAUAUAAGAGACAUUCAGAGAAUGGAAAUGAGAGCUGCUGAAACAUCUACCUCAGCGUCUAGUAUCAAAUGGUGUCCAAAUCAACUUUGUGGAAGGAUGCUGCAACUUCCAAACGGGGCCAGUAACAUUUCUGUUUGCCAGUGCGGUACAAACGUGUGUACUGAUUGCCACAAAGAAGGUCAUUGGCCAGCAUCAUGCGAGCAUUAUGCUUUUUACAGAAAAAAAUUAGAUGACUUUAAAGAUGACAUAUUUGUCAAUGCUUAUUGGAUCCCCAACGAUGUUCAACUGAGGGGUAAAAACUGUCCCAAAUGUAAACGGUUUAUAGUAAAGAAUGGAGGAUGUCCUAAUAUGAUGUGUGUUUGUGGAGAAUGGUUCUGCUGGUCAUGUUUA